AGUAGCGCUUAUUUUGUUCUCAACUUUUGCGAGAGAGCCAUCUAGUGACAGGCGUGUCAAACUCACGCAAGUGGUUAGUGUAACUGUGAAGUGUUUUGGAAAUCUUCGUUUUUAAAAUGCCUGGACGUCCUAUUUGGCAGUGCGCUGGCAAGCGUGAACCCGAAAAAGAACAAGAAGCACAGAGAUGGAUUGAAGCUGUUACCGGAGAAAAGUUUCCUUCAGACGUCCCUUAUGAGUUAGCUCUUAGGAACGGAAUCAUCCUUUGCAAGCUAAUGAACAGACUACAGCCAGGCAUCAUCCCCAAGGUUAACGUUUCCGGCGGAGAUUAUAAAUUUAUGGAUAAUAUUAGCCAGUUCCAAAACGCUUGCAUCAAAUACGGAGUUCCUGACGUGGAUCUAUUCCAAUCUACCGAUUUGUGGGACCAGAAAAACAUUGCUCUCGUCACGCAGACAAUCUUUGCUCUUGGCAGAACGACGUACAAACAUCCAGAAUGGCGUGGUCCCGGUCUUGGUCCAAAACCCGCUGAGGAAAACCGACGUGAGUUUAGCGAAGACGUCCUUCGUGCUGGUGAAGCGGUAAUUGGUCUUCAAGCUGGUACAAACAAACUGGCCUCACAAUCUGGACAAAACUUCGGCGCUUCACGCAAAAUCAUUCUCGGCAAGUGAAGUACUAGGAGACAAGGCGGUUGAAGAACC